UUCCAGCCUGUCCUCCUUUUGAUAUUUCUUUAGUAUCUUCUCUAAUGAUUUGCUCACCAUUCUCAUUAUUAAAUUCCCUUUAAUUUUUGUCUCCUUUCUCUGAUCCUUCCCCUUCUCUAUUUAUCUAUCUAAUUCUUCUUUCAUUCCAUUUUACCCCAAUUGCGUCUUCAUUCCUUUCCAGAGUUUCAUUUAUAGCCUUUUUCACCUGCUCGUAAAUCUUGUUUUUGAGACUUUAAUUUGAAGAAAAACUGAUACAAUUAUGGCGGAAGAGCAUGGUUUUGAGGCACAAGAAGGGCACAUAUUAUGCGCAAACAACUGUGGAUUCUUCGGCAGCUCAACAACCCAAAAUUUCUGCUCCAAAUGUUACCAUGAAAUUUAUUUAGCUCAACAAUCCCAACAAAAGCCCAUUGAUUCUCUCUUUCCUCUGCAGCCACCGGUUCCCGCCGCCAGCUCAUCGGUGGUGGUGUUGCCGGAACCGUUAAAAUUAGAGAAAAAACCGGCGGCUGUUGUCGAACCGGUGGUGCAGCCAAACCGGUGUUCGGUUUGUAGGAAGAAAGUGGGGUUGACCGGGUUCAAGUGUAGGUGUGGGACCACUUUUUGUGGGACCCAUCGAUACCCGGAGAUCCAUGGCUGCACGUUUGAUUUCAAGUCUAUGGGGAGAGAAGCUAUUGCUAAGGCGAAUCCUUUGGUUAAAGCUGAGAAAUUGGAAAAGAUUUAAUCACAGCCGUUGGAUUAGAUGAUUAUCGUCGGCAAUUGACGUCAUCUGAAUUAUUUGAUCAUCGGGCCAAAUUGAAAAGAGAGAUAAAUCUUGGGGUGUUCCAUUGUUGACAAAAAAUGUGAAUUAAUUAGUGUAUAUUUUUUUCUCUUUUUUUGGUAAUUUGAUAUUUUAUCUUUCGCUUGAAAAUAAUUUAUGGGUUGGCUUGUUUUAUAGAUCCCAUAAUUUACUGUUUCUGGAA